CAACAGGCAGAGGUGGCCCUCGUGUCCCAGACCCAGGAAGAGAAGCUGGCUGCCACCCUCAGGAUAGAGUUACACAACACUUCGUGCCAAGUCCAGAGCCUCCAGGCUGAGACAGAAUCCUUACAGGCUCUGAAGCGAGGCCUAGAGAACACCUUGCACGACGCCAAGCACUGGCAUGACAUGGAGCUGCAGAACCUGGGCGCCGUGGUGGGCCGACUGGAGGCUGAGCUGCGCGAAGUCCGUGCAGAGGCUGAGCAGCAGCUACGGGAGCGGGCACACCUGCUGGCACGCAAGGGCCAGCUGCACAAGGAUGUGGCAACUGUCCAUGCCCUGCUGGACCGCGAGGAGAGCUG